AUGGAGCCGCACUCAGAAAAUGCCAAUAGGAGCGAGGAUGCUGAAACUAUUGCUGUCGGUUCUAGCGAUUCAAGUUUACGACUCGAACUUGCCCCUCCGGAAUUGCCUCUGCUUCGCUACUGUAUUCUAAGUGUCGGAAUUCAAGUGGGUUUGCUGCUGUCGUUCCUCGAUACUUCGAUUGUCGCCACUAGUCUCUUCGCAAUAGGAAUUGAAUUCAAGGCUUUGACGACAAUCAGCUGGGUAGCCUUAGCCUACUCUCUAGCAUACCUUGGAUGUGCUGUACUAUUCGCUCGGAUAUCCGACAUUAUUGGUCGGCGCGAUGCGUUCCUCGUAUCAUAUAUCAUCUUCAUUGCAUUUUCACUUGCAUGCGGAUUUGCUAAAAGCUUAACCCAGCUGAUAGCUUUCAGGACUGCGCAAGGACUCGGUGGUUCUGGCUUGUACUCUAUUACGAUGAUAAUCCUCCCCGAGAUCUCGCCACGAAAAGCACAGAAGUUCCUCGGAGGUAUGAUUGGGAUUGUGGUAGCCAUGGCAGGUGUGCUAGGACCGGUCCUUGGUGGGUUAUUAACAGAGUAUACAUCGUGGCGAUGGAUAUUCUGGAUCAAUGGACCUAUAGGUGGAGCGUCGAUGCUUCUCUUCUUCCUGAUGUGGCCGAAGCCUCAGUAUCUGCCAAAUACCGAAAGACGAACUUGGAGGGAACUCGACUACCUCGGCUCGAUCCUUCUCAUUGGAGCAGCUGUAUUAGUUGUGUUCCCAUUUCAGAAUGUCGGCACCUUGACAGAUCGGUGGUCACAGGCCGUAUUCAUUAUCCCACUCAUCAUCGGUGUAAUCCUGUGGCUGACUUUGUUCGCAUGGUCUAUCUUCAUCGAGAAACGCUGGGUCCAUAAAAUAGUACCGGCACUCCCCAUGCGCCUACUGCGGAACCGCGUGUACGCUGCUGCAGUUCUCAACACACUGCUCAUCGGAUUCCCCUACUUGCUUAUCAUCUAUGCAUUUCCUCUUAGGCUGCAGAUAGUGAACGGCAAGGACUCACUACUGGCCGGUGUCAUGCUACUUCCAAUGCUAGGAUCUAGCGCCGUCGGCUCCGUUAUUUCGGGAGCUUUCAAUUCGAAAGGAAACAGAACAUUCGAAUUGCAAAUUGUGGCUUCUUGUUUCGUAGUCCUUGGUUGCGGACUAUUAUCGACCCUUUCUAGCUCAUUUACGCUUGAACCGAAAGCGUUGGGAUUUUUAGUUUUUGUCGGUCUUGGAUUUGGCAUAAUUGUGUCCACAGCAACUAUCGCAGCGACGGUGGAAUCAUCAACUGGGGAUCAUGCCGUUGCGCAGGGUGUGAUGGCUCAAGUUCGGGUUUUAGGCGGCAGUAUAGGUAUUGCUGCAUCGUCUGCUAUUGUGGGAACCAGAAUCAAAGACCAGGUUGGAAGUUUGGAAACUAGCUGGCUUCCUUCACCUGAAGGUGCCGGAGAUGGUCUAACUCAUACUCAACAGAUCGCUGUCCAACAAGCAUAUUCCGACGCAUUCAACGAGGAUAUGCGUGUAUGUGCAAUCAUUGGAGCGUUUGCAAUACUUGUCAGUUUUGGUAUGUUCAGUCGAAGACGGUUGAUUAUACCGGAGCAUAGCGAGCAACACACAAAAGAGAGGGCGGAAAAAAGAAAAUCUGCUCGAAUUUCGACAGUUCCCACUAAUGGGACAUUUCUCUAA